AUGCCACGGGGCAUCCUGCAGAGGUGGGGCUAUCACAAAGCCAACGGCGAGCCGGCGUGCCGCGGCGCCACCAUCCCUCGCCCGCCCAACAGGACGUCGGCGUGCCCCCACCUCAAGACGUUCCUCAAGUGAGGGAGCUGCACACACACAUACACAAUGGCAGCCAAUGGCAGCCAAUGUAUUUCGCUGCAGGUAUGGCCGUCGGUCGGGUGACGUCAGCAAGCGCCGGGAGGUGGCGUGGAUAUACGUCGGCAGCCACAACAUCAGCAAAGUGAGUGAGCCGAGAGAGCUGGUGCGACCAUUCAGUCGCUCUGUCCAUCUGUGUGUCUGGACCAGGUGGCGUGGGGCCAGCUGAGCAACCACGACUCGCAGCUAUACAUCCGGUCGUACGAGCUGGGCAUCCUCAUCUCACCACACACACUUCGCGGCCUCAUCCCUCUGACCCCACCCCAUACCACCCCACACACACCGCCGACCGGCUCAUCGUCUUCCAGCAGCAGCAGCAGCGGCGCCGCCACGCCAAUGCGGUCCUUCAUGUGGCACAAGCGCGAUGACGCAGGUCGGUCGACACAGACGCAGCGCGGCUAUCGCGUCUUGCUUAUGUGACGUGUGUGUGUCGGCCUGCCUGUGUGCACCUCAGGGCCCUCUCCCCUUCCCCGUAUGUAUGCGGCCACAGCACGGUGCCCGAGCGGUCCGCCUGGUGUGCCACUUGUUGGUGUGCCUCUGCCCUACCCCCUGCCACCGGUGCCCUACGGCCCAUCGGAUGCGGUGUGGACCAAGGACGGCACGCAUACAGGGCGGGACAGCCUUGGGCGGGCGUAUGAUGCCGACCAGAAGAGUGUGCGGGAGGGCUUUUCGCGGGCUGACUUCUGAGUCAGGGCAGAUACAUUCACACAUACAUCCAGCAAUCAGUUGUAUGGGUGCGAGUGCAACUGAGUCGGUCUGUGUGGCUCUGUUCGUCUGGCUUGCAAGUUUCUCAAUCCUUUUGUGUCUGGCCUCGGCAGCCUCCCGUGGUGCAGUAGAAAGGGAACGGCCUUGGUAUGCAUGAUGCUCCACGCACGACUUGUCAGUGUACCUUCGCCGCUCAUCAAUGUUAUCCCUGUCAAAC